CGAUGUACCGGUACGUACGGUGCCAUGCUUCCAACCCGGUUGCGCACGCACGGUAUGAGUAGCGUGCGUACGUACGUACGGGUACCCACCGUAUGGAACGGUACUCGUACGAUCGCGUGCCGGACAGCCCGUCCCGGACAACCACCUCCCCCGGGGGCAGUCGUCCGGCGCCCGGAAUACCUUUCGAUGCCACAAAAGAUUUUAGUUGCGAUCGCACGGGAAGGUACACCACACCACGACGGGAUCCUUGCCCCCGGGGAAUCGCACCUGGAACACAGCAGCGGUCGAAAAAGAGGCCACCCUUCCGGGAUUCGACACGGUUGGCUUGUCCAAAGCAUUGGUUGUUUGGCAAGGGCACCGCAGAGACACAACACGCAGGCUGCCCGUUCCACCAACCGAGGAGGAACGAGCGAAGAGAACAAACCGAAAAGAACCGAACCGAAUCGAAUCGAAUCGAAUCGAAUCGGAUCGAACCGAACCGAACCACCGGCAUCCAACCGUUCGUUUGCGGUUUCGCGGCGAUGGGACGAAAAAAGAGAAAGGUGGCGGCUCCGGUGGCCGAAGAAGCGGGCGGGGGAGCCCCUCCACAGCUUCUUCCUCCCCCGGCGGAUCCGCGCAUGGCGAUGAUGGCGAGGAAGCAGCAGCAGCAACAACAGCAACAACAACAACAGCAGCAAAGCCUCCCCCCGGACCCGAGCGGAGGCGAGACCGCCAAGAAGAUGUCCUCGGGAUACGCGACGACGUCCCACUCGGCCGAGAUCGUCGACGAGGACAUUUACGUCUCGGACGGAUCGGAGAGCGACGAGGACCUGAUGGCCGACGGCCUGUUCGUGGGGGAGCCCGCCGGCGGGGAGAAUCCCGGAAGCUCCGGUACCGGCGCCAGCGCGGCCGGCCGGUCCAUCGAGAUGGUCCUGAGCGGGUCGAGGAUGGGCCUCAUGCGGAGGGGGAUCCACCGGCCGCAGCAGCUCGUGCAGCCGAACCGUCAGUGGUCCCGGAACCCCUCGCAGCCGGAGGGCAGCGGGGAGAGGGCCCCGAGCGGAGAGGACGGGAACGGGAACGGAAACGGAAACAAAGACGAGGACGAGGACGAGGACGGGGACGCCGAGGAACGCCGCAAGAAAAAGGAGGAAGAAGAACUCGCCGGCCUCGACCCGGCCCAGCGGGCCGCAAGGCUCCUGGCCGAGAAGCAGCGCAAACUGGAGGAGGCCCGGGUCCUGGCCCGGAGGCUGGAGAGCGAGGAAAACGCCGGCCGGGAUCCCUGUCUCUUCAGCAAGCGGACCUCCUUCGACAUUCGCUUCGACCAGAUCGAGGACAAGCCCUGGGAGCGGACCGCGGACCUGACGGACUUUUUCAACUACGGCUUCUCCGAGGAGGACUGGCUGGAAUACGCGGAGCAACAGCUGGUCAUCCGACAGGAACUCAUCGACGCGAGCCGGCAGAAGCGGGCGCCGGAUCCCUCCAUCGUGCCGGCGGUCCCAAAGGUGGGUGGGGUGGCAAGGCAGUUGUGUUGUGUUGUGUUGUGAUGUGUGGCAUGGAAAACCGCCCCUCUCACUCUUUUUUGCUCUCUCUUUCUGUCUCCUCCGCCGCAAUGACACAACUCUCUCUCUCUCUCUCUCUCACACACACACACACACACACACACGCGCGCACGCACACAAACACAAACACAAACACACACAGAAACCCAAGAAACAAAACCCCCGCGUGGCGGUGGCUGAUGCCGGCGGGACCGGCACAGAAAGCACCGAAGCGGACGGAAGCAGCGACAAGACCACCAGCAUACAGAACAACCUCCUGGGCAACCCGGUGUGCGUCGUGAUCGGACCCGCGAGGCCGAAGGAAGAGGCCGGGGGCGGAGGGACCAACGGACCCGGAGCUUCCUCGAACGGAGGAUCGCUCUCGUCGCCGGCCGACAAGCUUGCAAGCGUCGAUGCCGGGGUGGGUGGGGCCUGGGGGAUGGGUGCGGCUCCCGGUUCGACCCUCGCCAGGCUGAUCGAGGAGCAGGAACGACAGCAGCAGCAGCAACAGCAACAACACCAACAACAGCACAAACCGUACAAGAACUACAACAAAAACAACAACGACGGCCACUACCAACACCGAGACACGACGCACGAGACCUAUUCCUCCGGGGGAGAUUCGUCGACGCAACGAAAGGGAAGAGAUGCCGGAUACUACGGCAGCGGCGGUGGAGGCGGCAAGAGCCACUACGAGGACAACUCGGCUCCUUCCUACUACGGCGGCGGCGGGUACGAGAACCACGACCAGCAACUGCAGAGGCAGCACGGCGGCUGGAACAACUCCAGCGCACCACAGAGCGAAUCGUCCAGCAGCGACAAGAAGACCGGCGGGGGAGAUCCCCGGAAGCACCGCUACAAGGCCGAUUCCGGGGCAGGAACCCCGCAGAAGGGCGACCGCGGCGGCAGGAGCCACGACCGGUACCAACGCCAACCCCCGCAACAACAACAGCAGCAGCAGCAGCAACAGCAACAGCAACAGCAACCGAAACCGCACCACUACGGUGGCGCCGACCCGCGGAGCGAGGGGGGCCGCCGGAGCCGGAGCGGCCGCCGGGGCGGUGGGGACCACUACGGAGGCGGCGGCGGGAGGGACCGGCACCGGGGGGGCGGCAGCCGGGGCGACCGCGACCGCGGGGACUACCGCAAGAGGCCGCGGGACGACCGCUACCGCAGGUGAUCCGGAGAAUGCAUCGGAUGGUAUCGGAACGGAGCGGACCGGAGCCACGGAACAGUGCCGUGCCGGGCGUCCUGCAAUGCAACGCCGUGCCUGGAUCCCGUUGCGUUCUUUCUGUUUGUGAACUCCCUUUCGAAGCCACGGUGUUUGCCCGCUUGCUCGUCUGCGGCGGAAAGUAUGCAAGCGUUUUAUCCA